CGGCCAUUGUUGUUAUUGUUUUGAUUUUUUCUCCAACGUGCUGCUGCUGCUGCGGUUAUCGCAUUGGCGUCUUUUGUGUGAAGCUUGUUUUUUAAAUCUUAUCACCCUCACAAUGGCCGAAAAGCGAAAGCUAUCGAGCGAAGAGACUCAGGGUGACAAGGAAGAAUUGAGCCAGGAGAUUCGCGAUAGGAUACAGAAAAAUAAAGAGAGGGCCUUGCUACUGAGGCAAUCCAAAGUCGUCAAUCGUCCGGAUAAAACGUACAGUGACAAUGAGAAUGGAGUUCAGGGAAAGAAGGUCAAGGUUCAGGGCCAGAAAGUCAUUGACAGUGGGGCUGGUUUCCUCAUUGAAGAAGACGAAGAAUUGGAGGCUGCGAUGCUGAACGCCGUACCCGAACCCGCGCCAAUUAUCAGUAAGCUGCCUGUAUGUCAGGAAUGUGAGAAAGAGUUCAAAGAUUCCUUCCUUCUUCAAAAGUUCGAUUACAGAACUUGCGACGAUUGUAGGGACAACGACGGCAAGCACUCGCUGAUCACGCGAACCGAGGCAAAGAACGAAUACCUCCUGAAAGACUGCGACAUAGACAAACGAGAGCCACCCCUCAAGUUUCUGCUGCGUAAAAAUCCCCACAACAGCAGGUGGGGUGACAUGAAGCUGUACCUGCAAAUUCAAAUAGAGGAGCGGGCGCUCAUGGUCUGGGGCACGGAGGAGGCUCUGUUGGAAGAGCGCGAGAAACGCGACGAGAAGCGAGCCGAGGGCAAAAUCAAGAAGUUCAACAAGAAGGUCAAGCAGUUGCGAAUGGAGGUGAGGAGUUCGCUGUACGAUAAAACAAAAAAGGCAUCGCACACUCACGAGUUCGGCGCCGAUACCUACAACGAGGACGACGACACUUACACGCACAGCUGCGUCGAGUGUGGGUUCGAAGAGACUUAUGAGAAAAUGUAGAAAAAUUGCGCGUGGAAUGCAUUUUGUUUUUUUUUUUGUAAAUUAAUUAUUAUUUUAAUCCAGUACUUUGUUAUGUAAAUUUUUCAGUAUACCAGAAACCUCGUACACAAUGUGAUGUUACAAUGUAAUAUAAAGUAAGAUUUUCUUAUAAACUUAAAUUACAUACGAUUUUUUUUUAAUAUAA